AUGGCCUUGUCGCGUCGACGGUGGCUGGCUCCACGUGGCUGGAAGCGUUUGGCGAAGCUGCAGCAGUUGAGUCGCUGGUUGAAGCAGGUGAAGCUGAAAACAGAGAGGACGGCCAGUGGCAAAACUCCCAGAACCUUCAAUUCAAAGGCCUGGCAGGUUUGGCGGGACAGGGAAGCGGAUGGCACGUUUUGCUCAGAGAGAGACUUUCCAAAGAUGGAAGAUCGGAAGCCAAGCCCAAAGCAUGGUGCUUUGGAAAUGCCAGCUCUACAGCAGAGCCAACAGCAUGCUGCUUUGGAAACGCCAGCUCUACAGCCAAGCCCAAAGCAUGGUGCUUUGGAAACGCCAGCUCUACAGCCUUGCCCAAACAUGGUGCUUUGGAAACGCCAGCUCUACAGCCUUGCCCAAAGCAUGGUGCUUUGGGCACGCCAGCUGUACAGCCUUGCCCAAAGCAUUGUGCUUUGGAAACGUCAGCUCUACAGCCGGAAGCGCCAGCGUGUCCUGUCCGCUCCGUUCCAUUUGGGCCUGUCAAUUGUCUAUGGUUCACAAAUGGAGGAUCACCACAAGGACAACAGAGAAGAAGCCCGGUGGCAAGUUCCUGGGGUUCAAUGA